GCGAGGGGCCCCACUUCACCGCGCUCAAUAUAUGCACUCUCCUUACGACCGACCUUGGAAUCCCCGUUUCUGCAUCAUUUCCGGGAACCAGCUGCUAAUGCUGGACGAGGAGGAGAUUCACCCCCUGCUCCUGCGCGAACGCCAGCGGGACCCCGGCCGGACCAAGCUUCUGCGGAGAACGGUCAGCGUCCCGGUGGAGGGCCGGCCCCACCCUGAGCACGACUACCACGCCAGUCGCUCCCGGCGGAAAAGCGUUCCUGGAGGGAAGCAGUACAGCAUCAACAUGGAUGCCCCGCCGGCGCCCCCCUUCCGGCCCUCGCAACAGGGAUUCCUCAGCCGUCGCCUGAAGAGCUCCAUCAAACGGGCGAAAAGUCAGCCCAAGCUGGACCGCACCAGCAGCUUCCGCCAGAUGCUGCCCCGGUUCCGGAGCGCCGACCAUGACAGCUCUGAGCAGAAAUGCCACACGGGGUGUGGGGGGGCCACUUUGCAGCGGUUUCCUCCCUUUGCCUUCACCGCUUGCUCUGCCGUGGCAUGGCUGGCCGCCACCGCUGCCAGCAGCAGCACCCCGGUGACCACCUCUUCCGGCACCAAGUGCUUCGCCUGCCGCUCGGCGGCUGAGCGGGACAAAUGGAUCGAGAACCUGCAGCGUGCCGUCAAGCCCAACAAGGAUAACAGCCGGCGUGUGGACAACGUGCUGAAGCUGUGGAUCAUCGAGGCGCGGGACCUGCCCCCAAAGAAGCGCUACUACUGCGAGCUGUGCCUGGAUGACAUGCUCUACGCCCGCACCACCAGCAAGAUGCGGACGGACAACGUCUUCUGGGGGGAGCACUUUGAGUUCAACAACCUGCCGGCCGUGCGCACGAUCCGCCUGCACCUCUACAAGGACACGGACAAGAAGCGGAAGAAAGACAAGAGCAACUACAUGGGAAUGGUCAGCAUCCCCAUCGCCAGCGUGACCGGGCGCCACUUCGCCGAGCAGUGGUACCCGCUCAGCCAGCCCAGCGCCAGCAAGAGCAAGUCCGGCUGCCCGGCCAUCCGGGUCAAGAGCCGCUUCCAGACCAUGAGCAUCCUUCCCAUGGAGCUGUACAAGGAGUUUGCUGAGUAUGUCACCAACAACUACCGCAUGCUCUGCGCGGUGCUGGAGCCGGUCCUGAGCGUGAAGAGCAAGGAAGAGGUGGCCUGCGCUCUGGUGCACAUCCUGCAGAGUACAGGCAAAGCCAAGGACUUCCUCUCGGACAUGGCCAUGACCGAAGUCGACCGUUUCAUGGACCGGGAGCACCUGAUCUUUCGGGAAAACACGCUGGCCACUAAAGCCAUAGAGGAGUAUCUCAAGCUGAUUGGACAAAAAUACCUCAAAGACGCUAUAGGUGAGUUUAUCCGGGCUUUGUAUGAGUCGGAGGAGAACUGCGAGGUGGACCCCAUGAAGUGCUCGGCGUCCACCUUGGCUGACCACCAGGCCAACCUUCGCAUGUGCUGUGAACUGGCCCUCUGCAAGGUCGUGAACUCCCACUGCGUGUUCCCUCGGGAGCUGAAGGAAGUUUUCGCCUCCUGGAGGCUGCGCUGUGGCGAGAGGGGACGAGAAGACAUCGCCGACCGGCUGAUCAGUGCCUCCCUCUUCCUGCGCUUCUUGUGCCCGGCGGUCAUGUCGCCCAGCCUCUUCGGGCUCAUGCAAGAGGCCCCCGACGAGCAGACGUCCCGCACCCUCACCCUCAUCGCCAAGGUCAUCCAGAACCUGGCCAACUUCACCAAGUUUGGGAGCAAGGAGGAAUACAUGGCCUUCAUGAACGAGUUCCUGGAGAUGGAGUGGACCAGCAUGCAGCAGUUCCUCUACGAGAUCUCCAACCUGGAUACCCUCACCAACAGCAGCAGCUUCGAGGGCUACAUUGACCUCGGCCGGGAGCUCUCCACCCUCCACGCCUUGCUCUGGGAGGUCAUGCCGCACCGCAGCUCAGAAGCCCUGAUCAAGCUGGGGCCCCUGCCCAGGCUCCUCAAUGACAUCAGCCUCGCUCUCAGGAAUCCCCACAUCCAGCGGCAACCCAGCCACCAGGGUGAGCGGCUACAGCCCAAGCCGGUCAUCCUUCGCGGGCCGUCCACCGACCUGCAGUCCUCCUACAUGAUGCGCGACCUCAACAGUUCUGUGGACAUGCAGCCCUACAUGAUGCGAGGCAUCAACAGCAUCGGCCCCCAGCCCCAGCGCCCCACCGCCCCGCCGCCCUCGCAGCCCCAGCCCCCGCUCCAGCGGGGCAAAUCCCAGCAGCUCACCGUCUCGGCCGCCCAGAAACCCCGGCCCUCCAGCGGCAACCUCCUCCAGCCAGAGGCCCCGUACGGCCCGCCCCGCAGCCGCCAGCAGUCCAUCAACAAGGAGACCCCCUCCGCUCUCAAGCCAUCAAUCACCAAGCAGCAAUCACACACGCCUUCGACGCUCAACCCCGCCAUGCCAGCCUCCGAGCGGACGGUCGCCUGGGUCUCCAACAUGCCCCACCUCUCUGCGGACAUUGAGAGCUCCCACAUUGAGCGGGAGGAGUACAAGCUGAAAGAGUACUCCAAGUCCAUGGACGAGAGUCGGUUGGACAGGGUGAAGGAAUACGAGGAGGAGAUCCACUCCCUGAAGGAGCGCCUCCACAUGUCCAACCGGAAGCUGGAGGAGUACGAGCGGCGGCUGCUGACCCAGGAGGAGCAGACCAGCAAGAUCCUCCAGCAAUAUCAGCAGCGGCUGGAGCAGAGCGAGAAGCGCCUCCGGCAGCAGCAGGUGGAGAAGGACUCGCAAAUCAAGAGCAUCAUUGGCAGGUUGAUGCUGGUGGAGGAGGAGCUGCGCAGGGAUCACUCGGCCGCCCUCGACGCCUCCGAACCGCGGAAGCGGCUGCUCGACGCUCAGGAGAGGCAGUUUUCCGCCGUGGGUGCAGCAAACCCGCGUCUGAGCGUCGCGCUGGGAUCCCCCUGGAACGGGAUCCUACCCGGGCAACCGCCUCCGCCCCCGCGACUCCAGAUCACGGAAAAUGGAGAGUUUCGCAACACCGCGUCUGAAUUAGCUGAGGGGAACCUGAUUGCAGGGACACGCCUCCCUCCCACCCUGGGAUCCGGCCACCUCCGUCCACUGCGCAAACCGUACCACAGACUUCCUGAAAAUCAACGGCCCUCCCCCAGAACACGCCACCCUGGAGUUUAG